CGGCCUCGAGGGGCGUGGCAGGGGCGUGACCAGGCGGAGCCGUCUGGAGCCGGCUAAAAGGCUGGAGCGCGGCCGGACUUCGUCAGAACAUCUCGGUUCGCUGCCAUGCCCUUCACGCAGUGCACCGCGCAGGGUGCCGGGUUCAGGGAGCCUGCCACCUCCUUACCGCCUCCUGAGGACGCUGAUUCCCGACCGCCCCGAAGUAAGCGGCCCCGUCUAACGGAGCCCGGCAGUGCCUCUGAGGUGGAGUGGAGGCUGCCUCUGGUGCCUCGCUUGUCUGAGGUGGAAAAAGCCUGGCAGUUGUUGUCGCCCAGACCCUUCCCGGCCCUUCUCCUUUCAGCUAAUGUGAUUUUUGGUAACUCCACAGACUCGCGUGUGGAGAACUCAGUCGGUGGGGAGCAGAUAUGUAGUCCGAGAUGCCCAAAGGGCAAAUUUGAGGUGAAUAGUUGUUUGCAGCCUCUCCCCUCACGCAGUUUUGAUUCUGGUUUGAGGGCUUCUGGAAAGUCUUGUGAGGCAGGACUGAAUGACAAAGAGGUUUUCGGUGUGCACCGCAGUGACAGAGCUGGAGCAGAGGUCCGUCCGCUUCUGCCCAACCCCUCUACAGACGAUAUACAUGGAGUUAAAAGAAAUGCGGCUGGAAAACAAUAUUCAGUGCAAGGGAGGGACGGUAUUCAGGAAGACGAUAGUUAUGUGAAACAGACAGAAAACCUAUUUGGGGAUGUUACCUUUUACAAGGAAACCAAAUCACCAUUUCUUGAUAUUAAGUGCAGAUGGAAAGCUGACGGUGUUACGCCAUCUCAUAAAAAGGAAAAUAACAUUUCAGCAUCGGCACUAAAUAUAUCAAAAUCUCAAAACCAGCCCAGCAUGGAAAUUGCCAAAGCCAGCUAUUUUAGAGAUAGAGGCACAAUAAGUAUCCCUGAGUUUCCAACUGACUUAAAUAGCAAAAUGUCCUCUGUCUAUUUAAAGGGAACAGCAAAGAAAAAGAAUGACAAAAACGAGGCAUAUGUUAGGGAUUUCACAAACGUUUACUGGUCCCAAAAUAGACCCGAUGUUAAGAAGCAAAAGUUACAGGAUGAUAAAAACAUUGUGGAUGCCGAGGCAGAAAAUAUUUUUUCUGCAUGCUAUGAAAGUAACCACCAGUCACUCAGCAACCAAAAUAUUUGUGUGAGAAAAAAAGACUUGAUCGGUUUAAACUACUAUAACCACAGUAGUAUCAAAUCUGAUGUAACAGACUCUGAAAAGAAUUUCACUAUAAUACUGGGGAAUGCAUAUUUGGAAGAAGCAGAAACAUGCCUGGACAUUCAUACAUUUACCAGAUUAGAAAAGUCUCAAAGCCAGGGCUCUAAUAUUAGUCACAUCUCAGAAAAAAUAGGGGCAGUUUGUUGGAUUUGGGGUAAUUACAAGACUCAAAGUGAAAAUGUUAAAAGAACUGGAGAACAAUUGAAUUUUCUACAAUUAGUAGAAAUAGAUCUUUUAAGCAAAGGAGAUUAUCACUAUACAAAAGCCCUGAAUACACGUGAAGAACAAUCAAAGCCUCUCAUGAUAGGAACACUUGGUAGCCAAAAAGCUUUAAUAAGUUUUUUUCAGUUAAAUGGUAAAGGAGAAAGCAACAAUAUGCUACAAUUAAGAUAUUCUGCUACACAAAAAGGCUCUCAUUUAAGCAAAGUUUUUGAAAAUUCCAUUAUGGAAAUUUUGAAUUUUCAUGAAAAUAUCUCAGGAAAUCAAAAAAAUGAUAAUGUUUUAAACUGGCAUGAAAUUUUCAAGGAUAAGAAGCGAGUUGAUCUUCAAAAUCUAAUAACUAAGAAUAUGAAUGUCAAUAGAAAAAAUGAUAUGUUAAGUGUAUGUUUACAAACCAGUAUUUCAGGACCUCUAAAUAGCAUAUUGAAAACCAACAUAGCUUCUUUGCUGAAUAACUUUAACUGUUUCAUUAGAAUUGAAAAUGAUCCUAAAUUACAAGAGAGAUGCAUUGUCAAAUGGAUAAUGUAUUUGCAUUAUUCAAAAAAUAGUAGAGUGGAAAAUCAUACUGUGUAUCUAGCAAGGACUUUAACUUUUUCAAGACUAUUAGAAGGUAACAUGAAACCUAUGUUAAGAAAAAGAAAGUUAUUUAAAACUGAACAAGCUUUUGAAGAGUCUAAGAAAAAACCUUCCUUCACUAUGGCGACUAAAAAACAUUUUCCAAUUUUUGAAACAUAUGAAAAAAAUCCUCUUUUAAUGGAUUUUGAUGACAUGGAUGAAAUUUCUUUGACAAAAGACAUUUACAAGAAUAAGAGUUGUCCUGAACAAUUCAUGAAUGAGGAAAAUUGGACUCACUGUACACCUAAUGCUGUUAAAACACAUGUUAAAUCUGGUUCUCAAUUUAUACAGAACCAUAGAUAUAGUAAUGAAAAAUUUUAUGAAGUAAAUAUGUAUAACCAGGAUUUAAAUACUGAAAGGAAAAAGGAGUAUAAUAAGAUCAGCAUUAGUUUUAAGUGCAUAUUUGAAGAUUUCUUCAAUAUUAGGCCCCGGGCCAUACCAACAAACCAUGACAUAAACCGUAGUGAACAAACCAAUCUUGGGACUAUAAUGCAGGUUCUAAAUUUUGGGAGCUUGCUAAGUGAAAUCAACGGGAAAAAACAAGACUCAAUUUUGAAAGAGGAAGUAAAAGUCACAGCACAAAGUUUAACAAACAGUUGCCAAAGUAACAAAGACAUUAAGAUAGAAAAGGAAGAGAAGAAUAAUUUUUAUUUAAUGGAUGGCAUGUUUUCUAUGCAACCAAUUUCACUAAUGAGUAAAAAAGUAAAUGCGGAAGAAACCAAAUAUAUUAAUCAAAAUAAUGUAGCUGACAGAAAUGAAUAUGAGCAUGUUUUGCAAGAAAGUGAGUUAGCUAAUUCAGAGUAUUUUCAUCCAAAGAAUGACUCUACAGAAUGUGUUAAUCAUCAAUUUGAAACUGAUUUGAGUCUAGGGAACAAUGAAUGUUUUCAGGAUUUAACUGCCAAGUGUUUAUCAACAGAAGCUCAGACAAGAGUGAGCAAUUUUGAGAUGAAGAGUAAAUUUGAUUUAGUACUUGAAGAACUUCAUAUGUUCCAUGAAAUCAGUAAGGAAAACGAAAUUGUAAGCACUGCAGAAACAAACAAUGGGCAAGAAUAUUACCUUAGAGAAAAUAAUGAUAUUGAGGAGGUAAAAACGGAGAUGAAAGAAGAUUUGAAAAUGGUUACAGUCAACGAAAUAUGUGUAUCUUCUUUGCUCCGUGAUACUAUAACAUGCCCUAAUAUGCAUAAGAGACACCAAAGUUUAUUUAAAUGGAAAGCAGUAUCCAAUAAUGGGAAACAGGAAGUUCCAAAUGAAUAUUGCUGUUCAAGAGCAGCAGAGGAAGAAUUACUGUAUUCCACUUCUAAGGAAGACUGUGAAAAUCCUCCACCUAAAAGGCCUGCUUUUUUCUCUGAUGAACUUAGGGAGGAAAAAAUUACUUACUUACUGAAGGGAGGUAGUAAUUUUUCACAUGGAAUUUCAAGAGUACUACCUCUUAAGACAUGCAGUCGACCAAUCAGAAUUGGUUUGUCAAGAAAAGCUAAGCUUAAACAACUUCAUCCCUAUCUGAAUAAAUGUUAUGAAAACUUAAAAGAAGACAUUGGACUUUAACAUUUCAAAACAUUUCACUGCAUUUAUAAGUGUUUUGUUUCCUACUUUGGUUAAAUGCUUUCUCUUAGUUUGGGAGUUUGGGGCUUUCUUUAUUAUGAAGU